AUGCCCAUAUCCGCCCAAGCUGAUGAACAGCAUGACUCUCCUGCAAAGGCAUCCACGGACAAUCUCUCCGUCGGCGGGAAGGAGCGGGAAUUGGUCGAUGAAAAGCUCACGUCUGCAAAUGACAAACAGAAAGGAGGGGAAGACCAGAAACCGAAAAUUGACCUCGAAGAUGCGUUUCGCAGAUUGACGAUGUCGUCGGGUGGAACAGCUACUUUCCCUGGCUCUAAUACCGGAGCGCUGCCACUGAAUUACUAUCAACAAAUCAUCACCGAAUGUAUCAUCGAUGCAAUGCCCGACGAAGCACAACGCCACCUCUUCCAUUGUUUGAUUAUUGCGAUAUUCGAAAGCGACUCCUCCAAAGAAAUUCCAUAUGGUACAUGGAGAGACCAGAAGUCAGACUGGAUUCUCAUUCUCAAAGCGGUGAGCGGGAAAAAUCUCGAACCGGGAAAGCCCGAACAUUCUCUUGACACUGUUGAAGACCAAGACCGGCAAAAGGAGAUUGUGGCCCUCAAUGCAGACGUAGUGCAAUUCUUUCAAAAAUAG